GUGAAUAGUUUGUUUCCAAAAAAACAGAUUAAUAGUAUAUAUAUUAUUUCAUAGUAUACAUUUUCAGCUUAAGACGUAUUGUUGUAUUACAUUUAAUAUAUUGAAUUCAAUGGCGGAACUUCGUGAAUUUGAAGCCAACGGUGAAUUAGUAUCGUCUUACUACAGUCUUUGUGGAAUAAUGGCUGAACGUGGUGGAGAAAGCAUGUCAUAUGAAUGCGGCUUGACCGAAACACAAAAUGAUGCUGGAGCACAAUUUUCCAACAACCCGGAAUUACCCUCGACCGAUCAACAAUGUGUUGUUUGUAGUACUCAACUAUCAAGAUUCAUAAACUAUAUUGGAUCAUUACAAGAAUUAUGCCAGGCUCGCGCAUGGGACUUACCGAAGUACGAGUAUAAACAAGGCAUCAAAGGUUUAACAAAAAAUCAGAAAAAUUUUUAUACAGUAAAAUGUUCUGCUGGGCCAUUUGUAUCAGAAGGUGUAGGUAAAAAUAAAAAGAUGGCGAAAAAACAAGCGGCUAAGAUGUUGCUCAAGCACUGGGUAAAUGUGUUAUGAAGAAGCUAAAAAUGCUGUUUUUUAAAUGUUUUUUUUUUAAAUAAGCGUACAUUAAUAUUUGUACAAAUACCAACGUGUUUUCGAUUGAAAUAUGCUCACUUUUCUACACAAGCAAGUCUGCUUGUUCAUCUAUGUUUACUUGUAACUCAAUUAUUAAUUAUAAAUAUUUGUUUUAUCUUCCUGUGCACUAAACACAAUGUUUUAAUUGUGGUUUUUUUUGAAAAUUGGCCUUCGAGUUAGGUUAACUUAGAGUGACUAGUUUUAGAAAAAAAACGGAACAAUAAUUGUUGGUUUAAAUACGCUAAAAAAACAUACACAUUUUAAAGAUUUUAAUGACAUUUUUUAUAUUUUAUAGUUACAAUCAAAAUAUUUCUUAAUUACACUACCUUGAAAAAUUAAGUUGAUGUCGAUUGCUCAUCAUGUCUUUUAUUAACUAUUGUGCAGUUACAAAUCUGUAUUAAAAUACAUCAAAUAUUAUUUAAUCUAACCAUUAUUGCACCGUUAGUCGUUACUGUAAUUUUGCAAUCAAUUGAUCCCGUUUAAUAGUUUUAGUUGACUAAUUUUUCAAAAUUAUACGAGAAGGUGAUUUUUUGUCGUCUGUCCGUACACAUUAGUGAAAUGUUAGUUUGCAAUUGCAACAUUUUUCUGUCACUAAUGUGAUAUAGAUAGAUGACAAGAAAUCGCCAUCUAGUUCUACCAUUAAAUCAAUUAUAAUUCUGAAAAAUUAGUUAACACGUAAACCAAAACUUCAGUUCAGUUUUGAUCAGUUGAUCGCAAAAGUACAGUAACGACUUACGGCACAAUAAUGGUUGGAUUAAAGAAUGUUUGAUGUAUUAUAAUAUAGAUUUGUAACUGCACAAUAGUUAAUAAAAGACAUGAUGAGCAAUCGACAUCAACUUAAUUUUUCAAGGUAGUGUAAUUAAAAAAUAUUUUGAUUGUAACUAUAAAAUAUAAAAAAUGUCAUUAAAAUCUUUAAAAUGUGUAUGUUUUUUUAGCGUAUUUAAACCAAAAAUUAUUGUUCCGUUAUUUUUCUAAAACUAGUCACUCUAAGUUAACCUAACUCGAAGACCAAUUUUCAAAAAAAACCACAAUUAAAACAUUGUGUUUAGUGCACAGGAAGAUAAAACAAAUAUUUAUAAUUAAUAAUUGAGUUACAAGUAAACAUAGAUGAACAAGCAGACUUGCUUGUGUAGAAAAGUGGGCAUAUUUCAAUCGAAAACACGUUGGUAUUUAUACAAAUAUAAUGUAAACUUAUGAUAAUAAGAAUAUUACAAAAUGAAUGAAAAAUAUAAUGUACACUUAUAAUAAUAAGAAUAUAAUAAAAUAAAUAAAAAAUAUAAUGAGA